AUGCGUCCUUCGGUAGGCCUUUUAGGUCUGCUGCUUGCAGCUGCGCCUGCUGUACUUGCGCAGGAUGAAAACAAUACUGGCUCUCAGGCUUCAUCGUCUGCAGCGGCAUCGUCUGCGGCGGUAUCCUCAGCACAGGCUUCCACAACCGCGGCAGCAUCGUCAGCACAGCCAACAUCGUCCGCACAGUCGAGUGCGUCGCGCUCAGGGACGUCAGCAGCCUCCGCCGACAACAGCGGCACUUUCCCCACAGUCGCAACAGGCGUCGUCCAGCUCUCGGGCCUGCCCACACUCGCUGGUGUUGGUGUGCCCCAACAACAAGUCCCGGACACAUCUGGUGCGCAUUUUAUGCAAAAAUCGGACCUUCCGGACGGUACCGUGUUCAUCUGCGUCGGUGCGAUUCUGGGUUUCCUCGGUGCUUGCGUGCUUCUGUGGCGAGGUCUCGUUGCGUGGUCGCUGCAUCGAUCUGUCAAGCGCGCUGCUCUUGCACAGAACAUGGCUGAUAUGAAGGCUAUGUCAGCGGUGCCAGGCAAGAAGCGUGGCAUGUACACUCACGUUGGUGCCAGCUCGACCAUGUCUCUGGAUCAUCUCUCCGCAGCGCCCACUGGUCACUCGAGGCCCCAAAAGCCGUUUGCUCAAGGAUCAGGCGGCACACCUCCCCGGGCUGCAUCUUCUUUGUUCUUCUCUCCUACUGCAGGCGGUGCAGCUGGUCUUGCACAGCAGGGCAACCGCUCUUCGAGCUACCUGCCUGCGGGCUACUACGCUGCCGGCAACGCUGCCCCUGCUGGUGGAUCUCCAAUGGCACAUGUCGGUGGACACAGUGCACACCUGUCGACAAAUUCGCUCGCGUUGCCUGGGAAUCGCUACAGUCGAGCAUCUGGUUCCUCGCCUCCAGGAUCACCAUCUCUCCCACCUUCUCGCGGUUUCGAGCGUGCUCCUCCAUCGAGAGGCGGGUACUCGGACUACAACCGCCAGAGCGUCGCUACCCUCAAUACACCCGGAAACACCAGGAGCGGCGUCUACGGCCACGGCCAGGCCAGCGUCAGCAACCUGUCUCUUAAUGUACCGGGCGGCACUACAGAAGCCGGUGGCCGCGCACCGAGUGCGUAUCUGGAGGACCUGUUUGAGCACCACGGUGGUACACACUCCCAAGAGAGGUUCUAG